UAGUUAAUUCACGCUUCCUAUAAGAAGGUGGGGUGCACGCUGGGUGGGGCUCUUUGUAGAUAUUUUGCACGAUAAGUUGCAGCGCAGAAUCAAAGAGGAAAAAAAAAUGUGUGGUUGUGUUUUCCAUGUGUUUUGCUUGGUGGUGUUGUUGGGGGCGGGUCUGACGUAUGGUUGGAACUUCGAUGUAUUCAGAACGCUGGAGAAGAGACCCACGCGGCGGUCCUAUCAUCAUCAAUACAGGCGGCUGACCCCGGCUCGACCGAAACAACACGCCGUGGCGGGCCAGCGUCUGUACAACAACUUCAACCCCGGGUUCAACCUCUUCGGCUUGCGCCCACAGUUCAAACACGUCCCUUUCACCUACCUGGGGACGCACCGACCUCCUUCCCCCCCGCGUUUCGAAAUUCUCCCGUCCACAGCUGCCCCCCAGGUACCCACCAUUCCCGUUCGUGCUUUUCCGGUGGGACCCGUGCAGGUUCGGGAUAUGAGUUCGGUGAACGUGGAAUGCGGGGAAGCCAGAAUGACGGUAAGGGCGAAGCUGGACUUGUUCAUGAACGGGAUCCCGAUCGACCCCGAGUCCCUGACGCUUGGAGACGCGGUGAAAUGCAAACACUCCUCUGUGGAUGAAGCAGGAGGGGUCGUUAUCUUCGAUGUCCGGCUGCAGGAUUGUGGAAGCAGCCUAACGAUGACCGAGGACAGCAUGGUGUACUCCAACACGCUUCACCACGGCGUCCCUCCGUCUUCUAGCUCCGUGAUCGUGCGGAGAUCCGAGGCGGUGGUUCCCAUUGAGUGCAUCUACGACCGGAGGGCUAACGUCAGCAGCAACGCCAUUGUGCCAACGUGGGCGUCCUUCACGUCAACCAAGUCUGCAGAGAAUGUGCUGGACUUCCGGCUCGACAUCAUGACUGAUGAUUGGAGCGCUCCGAGGACUUCGAACUUGUUCUACCUUGAUGAGGUCAUCAAUAUCGAAGCCUCCGUCGACACCCAGAACCAACUUCCCAUGAGGCUGUUCGUCGAUAGCUGUGUGGCGACGCUGAGCUCUGACGUGAAAUCCAAACCCAGAUACAUGAUCGUGGAUCACAACGGCUGCCUGAUGGAUGGGACCCAAGCCGGCUCUUCUGCCUCCUUCCGAUAUUCCGACCAGGAUCCCGGGAAGCUGCAGUUCAGUAUCCAGGCCUUCCUGUUCUUCAAAGAGACACACAGCUCGAUCUUCAUCACCUGUCGGAUGAAAGUGACCUCGCUGAACCAGACCAGUGACCCCCUCAAUAAAGCUUGCUCCUUCAGCAAAGACUCCAAUCAGUGGACGUCUGUGGACGACGACAACAGUGUGUGUGCGUGCUGUGCGGUUGAGCUGUGCCCCGCGCCUGACGCACGCCGCCGCUACUUUCCCAGCGCGUUCCAUCGCAGGUUCAGACGUGGAAGAGCCGCGCCCGACUACAGACCCGCGGUCGGCUCUGAGGGGGAUGUCACGAUCGGUCCAUUGGUGGUUGCAGACAGAGCGAUGUUUCUGAGUAAAGCGGGGACUUUUCCUUCCUUCACAGUAGAGCAAGAUGAAGGGGUGCCGCUGGCUGCUGUCUUUGCUGCCGUGUCUGCGAUCGCUUGUUCCGGGGUGCUGGCUGUCCUCAUCUUGUACAAAAAGCGCGACAAAGCCAGCGCGUAUGACAGGGGCUGUAUAUGAAACCAUAAUAAAAUGUGGAUUUGAAACGGUA